GGUCCAUUCCUUGCCAGAAGACAGUGGAGCAUCAACUGCUCUUUUACAACGGUUAAUAGAACGUCAGAGUUGCAGUGACCACCUACAAGAUUAUGUUUGCAAUGAGGAGGUUUUCUCUGACCAUCAGCUCUGUGAUCAGGCGAGGAAUUUUAAUUUGGACAAAGAGGAACCAGAAUCUCCGCAGAAAAAAGAGGAGCAGCAAGAGCCAGAACAUCCCUGCAUGAAAAUAAAAACUAUGGUGCCCCCCAUAAGUGCGCAUAGACAGCAGCUUGUUCUGAAGCAAGAGACUGAAGAUACAGGGGAGAAACCUUUCCCCUGUUUGACAUGUGGAGAAAGCUUUCUGAAAGAUCAUUUAAGGGGUCACAUGAGAACUCACACAGGUCGGCAGAUUUACGAGUGUCUUACCUGUGGAAAAAGCUUUCCUCAGAAAGGUGCUCUUGAUACACACAUCAAAAUGCACACAGGUGAGAAGCCUUUCUCCUGUACAAUGUGUGGCAGAAGUUUUAACAUUAAAAGUAAGUUGACUGACCACAUCAGAACACACACAGGUGAGAAGCCGUUUUCCUGUACGAUUUGUGGAAAAAGUUUUUCUACAAAAAGUAACAUGAAUGCACACAUGAGAGCUCACACAGGUGAGAAGUCGUUUUCCUGUACGAUUUGUGGCAAAAGUUUUACUGCUAAAAAUAGAUUGAACUUUCACAUCAGAAAUCACACAGGUAAGAAGCCUUUCGAAUGUGUUUUCUGCGGGAAAAGCUUCACCUUUAAAUCUGGCCUGGAUGAUCACAUUAGAACACACACAGGCGAGAAGCCGUUUUCCUGUUUGAUUUGUGGCAAAGGUUUUAUUAAAAAAUGUCGUUUGACUUAUCACAUCAGAACUCACACAGGUGAGAAACCUUUCGAAUGUGUUUCUUGUGGAGAAAGCUUCAUAGAUAAAUGCACUCUUAAUAGACACAGUAUAAUUCACACUGGUGAGAAUCCUUUUACAUGCCUGUCCUGUGGAAAAAGCUACACCUUCAAAUCUGCUCUUAAAAGACACAUUAGAACUCACACAGGUGAGAAACCUUUUGAAUGUGUUUCUUGUGGGAAAAGCUUCACCUCUAAAUCUGAUCUUGAUCAACACUACAAAAUUCAUACAGGCGAGAAGCCGUUUUCCUGUAUGAUUUGUGGUAAAGGUUUUAUUAAAAAACUUGGUUUGACACAUCACAUUAGAACUCACACAGGUGAGAAGCCUUUCAAAUGUGUUUCUUGUGAAAAACGCUUCACAUAUAAAUGUGCUCUUAAUAGACACAUGGUCAUUCACACUGGUGAGAAACCUUUUACAUGCCUGUCCUGUGGAAGAAAUUUCACCUUCAAAUCUGCUCUUAAUAGACACACGAUGAUUCACACAGGUAAGAAACCGUUCUCCUGUGUGAUUUGUGGCAACGGUUUUACCACAAAAAAUAGUUUGAUUAGUCACAUGACUAAUCAUGCAAGAAAAAUCUUUCAUCCUUGACAUGUAGAAAUAUCUUAGACAAAGAUUUAUUGCUUCACAUAACAAGUCACAGCAGUGACUUCAUAUGUAGCAGUAGAUGCCAAAGGACUUUUGAUAUGUUACAAUUAGGGCUAUCAAACGAUUAAAAUUUUUAAUCUAAUUAAUCACAAGGUGUCUUGAAUAAAUUUUGAUUAAUCACUAGCCUAAAUAUUAUUGAAAAAUACACAUUUUCUGUGGCAACUUAGCCAUUGCUUUUUUUUUUUUUAAACAAAUACAGGAUGGGUGAAUGGAACAUUUUUCGUUCAAAACAAACAGCUUGACCUUUAACCAAUUACAUGAGGUCAUUUUACCCUGCUAUUUAUUCACCUUUUAGCCAGUUGUUAAGGCAAACUAACUGGUUUACAUUUUCUGAAUGUAAAGUGGACCGUUACUAAAUGCCCUGCGUUCGGUGAGGGUGGUCUGACGCAUGCGUGUCGUAACAGCUGAAGUUAAAGCCCCAACAAAGGAAUGCUUGGCAUUAAAGGAAUAGUACACCCAAAACAUGAUUAGCCUUCAUUUUCUACUCACCCCCAUGCUGAACAACACUCUGGAGU